UCCACUUUCUGUUGGUUACAAACAGCAAUGGAGUCGCUCGGAGAAGAUGCAGGCUCUCCUAAGUCUGCUGCUGCUCCUGGAGACCAAGUAGAGACUAAACCCGCCGCUGUGUCGUUUGGUUUCACUAAAACAGUCAGCAAGUUUAAACCUUCGACCACCGACGCUGUGCUGAAGAAAGAUGAGAGAGAUUACUUGAUUGGAAUUGACGGGAAAGAACUGCAAAGUUCAAAACCAUCUGAGAAGCCCAAAGAGCUCAUCAUCCCUCUGAUCCAGAAGAACCGCUGGCACCGACCGGACCGAGCCGCCCACAGCGAGGCCAGUGGAGGCAAAACACCUCAAGAAACAACUCAAGAUACUGACUCUGUGGAGUCUCAGGCUGUCAAGGAACUGAUUGAAGACUCCCGGAGGCAGCUUGAGCAGUGGCAGAAUGGCCCCCAGUCAGAAACCAACGCGAACCUCGCCAUCCCUCUGUUGAUGCAGAACAAAGUGCCUGACGGCUUUGAGGAUGGAGACCAUGUGAAAGUGGAUCUACGGCCUGAAUCUUCAACAGAGGCAGAUUAUGACAGCAUUCCUGUUGAGGCUUAUGGACUCGCUAUGAUUAAAGGGAUGGGCUGGAAUAAAGAGGAAGGCAUUGGACGCACCUUUAAACAACAUGUGAAGCCAAUCGAACACGAGCUUCGUCCAAAAGGUUUGGGUCUUGGAGCUGACCGUUCCGCGAUAAAGGACCUAGAGCCGACCAGACAUAAGCGUCCCCCCAAGCCAGGCGAGGAGCGAGAGAAGGAGGAGGAACUAGUGAUGGGUCCAGGUGGCUGUGUGCUGGUGGAGUCAGGGGCACAUAAAGAGCUGUAUGGCAAGAUUGAAGGCGUUGAUGCAGACAACGCUCGAGUUGUGGUGAAGCUGGCUAUUGGCGGCAGGUCUGCGACAAUCAGCCAGUAUGCUAUUAAACUGGUUGGGCGCAAGGAAUACGACAAAAACAGCAAAGACCUCAGUCGCCUCGGUAAAGCCCACAAAGACAAGGAAAAGGAAAAGGAGAAAGAGCGAGAGAAGGAGCAACAAAGACGGGAGGAGAAAGAGAGCGGAAGUAAUGGCGAUGAGGUGAAACACAAGUCUUCAGAAAGAAAUGGAGGGAAAGAUGAGAGGAAGAGGAAACACACAGAAUCAAGUCAGGACAGAGAGAAACCUCCAGUGAAAGAGGCAAGGCGACCACCGGCUCCUCCCUCCUGGCUCCAGAGAGACUUGAAAGUUCGCUUUAUAGACAAAGCUUUCAAAGGGGGCAGGUACUACAACUCAAAGAUGUGUGUGGAGGAUGUCCUGACACCGACUAUGUGUGUGUGUCGAACUGAGGAGGGAAGACUGAUAGACGAUGUGAAGCAGGACAUGCUGGAGACCAUUAUUCCAAAAAGUGAAGAUGAUGCUAUAAUGGUUGUACUGGGCGAGCACAGAGGACAGGUCGGCCGUAUCCUCCAACGGGACAAGAACAAGUGCAGAGCGAUGGUCCAGCUCGAUCGACACGAGGAGAAAGUGUUCACACUGGAUUAUGACACCAUUUGUCACUAUGUAGGAGCAUCAGACAACUGAUUCAGAUAUUCCCUCUCCUUUUCCAUCCCAUCUGAAAUGUUGUUUUUGUGAUAUUCCAAAAAAUAAUGGAUUUUAAAGCAUUGCAAUUUUGUAAUAAAACAUUGUCAAGAA